UCGCUGACGUCACUACGCCGGACGAUUUCCAUUCAUUAGCAUUUGCUGGGAUUUUUCAAUACGGGCGAUCACUACAAAUGUCACGCGAUCACAGUCGGGAAAUUACCGCGAUUGGAGAAGAUGUUCUAAAUUUUCAAAUUCAUGGAUAAUAUCUAAAUGUUGACACCACCACAAGCCGAAAAUUCCGUUUAGAUUUGGAGAUAGAUUUGAUCCCAAUCGCGAGCAGAACGCACAGUUGCCAAACCUCGUCCGUUCGUCAUCGGUGCAGUUCUGGUCCAUCGUCUUUUUUUAGCCGGUGACGUCAGGAUUAGCAUUUUUUGGGGUAUUUUGUUCAGAUAGAAAAAUCAGAAGUAUGUCUCAGUUCAGGUAGCCGUUAUCACACUUUUGAGACAUAGACAAAAGGAUCUGUCCUGGACUGUACAGUUAGUCUUCUACAGCGGAGACUGAUUCACUUGCUCAGACGUCCCUGUCUGUAGCAUGAACGACAGGCAAUAUAGAAUGGCCCAUUCUCAACAGAAGAUGCCCACUGCACCAUCGGUUAUGAAGCCUGGCAGCAGUAGCAGCAGCAACAACAGUUGCAACGCCAAGUUCCUAAGCCAGUUCAGCAGCGUGGAAGUCGGCGACACGCAAUUCCUCAUUCUCAAUCGGUACCAGAGUCUCCGAUCGGUAGGCUCAGGAGCGCAGGGACUAGUUGUAGCUGCCUAUGACACAGUAACAAAGCAGAACGUUGCAAUAAAGAAGCUUAGCAGACCGUUUCAGAAUGUCACCCACGCCAAGAGGGCGUACCGAGAACUCUUACUCAUGAAGACGUGCAAUCAUAAAAAUAUUAUCGGCCUCCUAAACGUUUUCUCACCGCAAAACACGUUUGACGAGUUCAGCGACGUGUACCUGGUGAUGGAGCUGAUGGACGCCAGCCUGAGCCAGGUCAUACAGAUGGACCUGGACCACGAACGACUGUCCUAUCUUCUCUACCAGAUGCUAUGCGGUAUCAAGCACUUACACUCGGCAGGAAUCAUCCACAGGGAUUUGAAACCGAGCAACAUAGUGGUCAAGUCGGACUGUUCGCUGAAGAUUCUGGAUUUUGGCCUGGCGCGCACGGCGGGCACAACGUUCAUGAUGACACCCUACGUAGUCACUAGAUAUUACCGAGCGCCAGAAGUCAUCCUAGGCAUGGGCUACAAAGAAAACGUUGACAUCUGGUCCAUUGGUUGUAUAUUUGGUGAGAUGAUUCGGGGUCAGGUGAUGUUUCCGGGAAUGGAUCACAUCGACCAGUGGAAUAAGAUCAUUCAGCUCCUGGGUAGCCCCUCGCAGAAAUUCAUGCAACGCCUGCAGCCCACCGUCCGUACUUACGUGGAGAACAGGCCCAAGUACCAGGGUCAUGCCUUCGAAUCGCUCUUCCCCAACGAGCUGUUCCAACGGGAGCAGAGCGUGACGGAGCCUCAGAAGUUAAAUGCUACCAUGGCGAGGAGAUUGCUGUCCAAGAUGUUAGUAAUAGACCCGGCCGAGAGGAUAUCGGUUGACGAGGCGUUGGAGCACCCCUAUAUCAAUGUAUGGUACGACCCGGCAGAAGUAGAAGGGCCGGUGCCGAUCACUUAUGACCACACGAUAGAUGAGAGAGAACACACAGUGGAGCAAUGGAAAGCUCUUAUAUAUCAGGAGGUCAUGUCCUUUAUGUGUAAUAGCGGGGUCUAUGUUGGUAUAGAAAACUGCAGAGAUUCUGAUUCCAUGGAGCACUGCGGAUCCGAGCUAGAUAUCGCCCACGCAGCGGCAGGGGGUGUGAUAACGGCUGCGUCACACAACGUGUCGCACGGUGCGACACAGUCAGCCUCCAACUGCGCCUCCAAUAGUAUGUACAAUGCUCACGGCGCACACUAGCCACGUAUGUACGCAACUACAAACUAACAACGUCCAUAGGUUGCGGAACUCAGAAAAAAUCCUCCGUAAAGCAAACUGUAAAACGUAUAAACAUCACAAAAGAUUGUACAUCAUUUGCAUAUGACCUUUGACCCUGAGGACAUAUCUGCUGAGUGUUGACCCGGAAAGAAAAAUGGACGGUGCUUGUGUAAAAACAAAAACUUGAUGUGAAGUAUAAGGGAAGUCAAUUUGAGUUAAAGUGAACGCAAAAGUUUUGAAGUACGCAACUUGAACUCAUUUGGCUUGAACAAAGGAGGUAUAUAUGUGAAUGGCAGUGUGUGUGUGUGCUGUAAAACAAAACAAAAAAAACUCAUUGUGCUUUAAAUGUUGAUUAUUCCUCCAACAUACGCUGGCAAAGUUGUUCAGGUUUUUUGGCAAGUUUCUUUGACUUGUAAGAUAUACGUAAUAUCCUAAAGGUGUUUUCAAUUUGCAGGAGAACAUGUUGAAGACAAAAAAGACAUAUGUCAACAUUUUUGUCAAAGCCAAUAUUGCCAGGAAAUUCAUUUUUAAUGUCGGCAAAUAAAUGUUCACAUUGUCUACGUCUUCGUAAGAAUCAGGAAAAAUCAAUUUAUUUCAUCUCCAGCAUUCAACAGUAAGCCCAGAGUCCAUGGGUUUUUAACCUUGGCAUAAUUACGUUUGUCCACAUUUUCAAGAUAGCACUAAAGAUUAGCAUAAACGUUUCAGCCAAAUGUGAACCCGGUGCAACUCUCAAACUCUAUAUUUCAUGCAAUGUGUUAUUUGCCAACAUUGAAUUUCUCCCAGACUUUGACAUGUUUGUGAGACAAACCAUCCUAAAAAAAACUGUAACAAAAAGGCAAGAAUUGUAAGCAACAUGAUACAUACCAAAGCAAGCAGCCUGUGACUUCAAGAGAAUGUUGUUUGCUGCCCUCUACUGUCCAAUAUUGGUAUUACUCUGGCAUUGGCUGGAUUUCCUCCCUUCCCCGUGUGGUUGCAUUGUUAAAGUAUGACAAUACCGCCCUCGUGUGUUUCAAAAAAGGGUCAUCGCGGAGUACACAGUGCAUCUGCGCACCCUUGGGCGUCCUUUGUUUUUAUAUAUACAUAUAUAUAUAUGAUGGUAAUUGUAUUUAAAAAAAAAAAAUAUCAAUUUUUCCCACAGAUUUUUACAUUCUGUGUUUGCAAACUACGGUGUGAAUUCAAUGCGUGUAACUCAUUUUUUUUCUUCUCUUAACAGCUGCAAUUUUGUGGCUUUUGCUCGAUAAUAAUUACUCAUAAAAUGUGAAUUUGCCAUUCACAUAAAUGUGACUGGUUUAGAUUUCUUGUUAUGAAAUCGGAAGAGAAAACAACUCUAAAAUGAUCCCGAUAUGUUUUGGGUAUUUUAGGACCCUUUUUAGGACAAUACAAAAAAUACUUUGUAAAAUUUAUGUCAUGAGGCCAUACCUACAUUGUAGAUUUCCUUCUUUUUUUUGUAUUGCAAAGCACAACAUAAGUUUUGUAGUCAUAACCUUUAAUUAUGCAGAUGUUUGAUACAUUUUUUUUUAGAAUGUGUCAGUUCAUACCUUUGUGUAUGCAUGUACUUUUUUUUUUUUUACUAAAGACCCUAUUGAUACAUCUAUAAGAACCCAAGGAAUGGCUGGGUGCAACAUAUAUUCUUAAUUCAGCCUAGUGUUUUGCAAUGUGAGUGUCAGGGAACCAUACCUUGUAUCAUGACCGCACAAAACACCAUUAUACAAUUUUAACAAGAAGGCACUUUUUUUCACGAGUACAAUUGUUACACAUACAUUGAUUUUGAAAUUGUUGGCCAAUAACUGAAUCAGAUCGCAAGAAAGGGAGAAAUGUUCAGAUCGACGAUUAGUUCAUUUUGGUGAUGAUGUUUUUCUUAACUUUGUGAACUUUUCACAAACUUGGUUUUUUUCUCUUUGCUUCAUUAUGCACCUUGUGAUUUAAAAAAUAUUCUGCAAUGUUCUUGAACCCUUUUGGGAUGUUGCAACCACUUUCUGUUCUUUUUUGCACAACUGUAGUGAGAGCUGCCAACAUUGUCAAUCCAAAAAAAUGGUCCGAGUAGAAGUACAUUAAUGAAAGUUCUGUUCUGUUUGAGCCGAGAAAAUGAUAUGCCGAGGAGAGGUGCAUGCAAGUUUGGUUGCAGCUGCCAAAUUGGUUAAAUGUAAGAAAUCUAGAAGGUAAACUUCGCAGCUUUCAGAAGAUGCUAAAAACAAAAAACACAAAAUGACUUUUAAAAUGACAUAUUUAAGUUAAAAACAGGGUUGGGAACACUAUAGGAAUUGAAAGGUGAACGUUACUGAUACAAGAGGAGGUUUUUGUCUGUUUUUUUUUUUUUUUUUUUUUUUUGGCACUUUUUUUGCAUUUUGAUUGUCUUCCAUUUGAAUUUGUUGGCGGAAAAGUGAGUGUUUGGCAACUCUUUGAAAUAAACUUGGUUGUCUUGGUUACUGGCCUGAAAGUCCUCUCAUUUAAACCCAAUAAAUUCUGAUUGUCAUGUGAUAUUGCAUCACUGUUAUUUCGUGCCAAAUGUGAGCAAUGCAGAAAAAAACUUGAGGGGCAUCUUGUGUGUGUAUCUUAGUAACACUGUUGCCAUCUUUGUCUGGUUACCUGAAGUCAGGACACGUUGUAGAAGUGGCCCGCCUGGCUGGGUGCCAGACUACAUUGGCCACACACUUCACUGUCACCCUCGUAAACAUGUACUUAAACAAAAUGGUGACUUAUUCCAUUGCGUAAACAUAGGGUUGGUGGUGGAAUGCAAAAUGGAAGGAUAAAAGUGGGAAUUUUCGCUUCGAAAUUGUCUGAAAGUUGAAAUGUACAGGCUGUGCUUAAUGUACCCAGCUGUGUUUGUAAAUGUGUGUACAGCUGCCUUCAAGCAUUGAUUGUCCAAUGAGGGAACAGCGUUCUGGUCACAUGUUACUUGGUGAAUGGAAUAUGAAAAGAAAUACUCCAAGCAAUAUGAUUUUCUGCAAA